UGAGGGUUGUGGUGAUUAAAUGUCUCCUUUUAUUUUUAGAUUGCAAUCAUGAUGGAGUUCCUUAGACUUCAGCAGGAAAAUCAAAUCCCAGCACACAUCCCUGCUGAAGAUAUGAGAGAUCUUUUGGUAGACAACAGCAAAAAGAUACUCAGAGAGCAGCUUUGGGAAUUUGAAUUGGAGGAUUUCAAAGAAAAAGAAGCCAAACCUCUUCUGAAACUGGGCUUCGACAUGUUUCACACGGAGGUCGUUCUGGGUUUGAACCUGCUGCUCUUUCUGCACGUCGGCGCUCAGUUCAGGAUUAAUGGACAGCAGAAGUGGCCCGUACCCUACAGGCGUUUCGAUCGUCGGCCUGAUGUGGACUCUUACUGUCAAGCUCUCUAUCCGUUCUGCCCCACCGGAGACCCAGAUGGACGGAUUCCCUACAUGAGAGACAGCGACACCAUCUCGGUGUAUCGGCUGCAGACUCCAGUGUGGGAAUUCAAGUAUGGAAGUUUGCUGGGGAAAUUUCACAUCAUGCAUGAUGCUGUUGGGUUCAGCAGUGCAGAGACAGGAGCCAACUACACCAUGGAGUGGUACGAGCUGUUUCAGCUGGGCAACUGCACUUUUCCUCACCUCAGACAAGAAGUGUACGCACCUUUCUGGUGCAACCAGGGAGCUGCCUGCUUCUUUGAAGGCAUCGAUGAUUUACACUGGUCACAGAAUGGCACCUUAGAAAAAAUUGGCGUACUCACAGGGCAGCAGUUCAAUGAUAUGGCCCGCUGGGUGCAGGAGGACAACGAGACUGGCAUCUACUACGAGACGUGGACAGUUCGGUCUGACCCCAGCCCCAACGCCACGGUGUGGUUCGAAUCCUACGACUGUUCCCAGUUUGUCCACCGCACAUACAGGAAGCUUACAGAGCUGGGAGCCAAACUAUCCAGCCGAUCGCAGACCAACUACACCAAGAUCUACCUGUACAGCGGAGAGCCCACGUACCUCGGCAAUGACAGCGCCAUUUUCGGACAGCCUGCUCUGAAAAAUCUGGCAUUGGACAUCCGUAAAUUUUACCACACAUUUAGGCCACACCAGACAUUUGCAGAUGCCAUGAUCAGUCUGCUGGAGGCUUUUGAGACGGUCAUGUUGGAAAGGAGCUUCUACCUCUACUACAACUUUGAGUACUGGCAUCUGCCAAUGAAACCUCCAUAUGUGCGGAUUACCUAUGAAGAAGUGCCUUUGCCUUAAAAUCCCAUUUGACUACUAAUUUUUUAUUUUAUUGGUAAAUAUUAUUAGCUGAAAAGCUAAUGACAACAAUAUUAACAUAAACUUCAAUGAAUGGUUAAUUUUGUUCUUGUAUUUGGAAAUAGCAGUCAAGAAAAAACAUUUCAACUAAGUUGUCACAUGACUAUGAAGUCCUUCAAAAACUAAAUACACCCCACAAUUCAGUAGCUUGCAGAACUAGUCAUUGUUUUCUAUAUGACUUACACAUACGUUACAUUACUGCAUCAUGACAUUAUUCAUCAGCGCACAACCUUCGUAAGGUCCUGCAUAGCCUUUUAACCAGCUUGAUGUCUGAACUUUGGCUGGGUCAUAAUAACAUCUAGAUUAAAAAAAACAAAACAAAAACUGCUAUUUUGUUGUAGCUUUGCUGCUGUGCUUGGGAUCUCUGUCCACUUGGAGGAUCCUAUUUCAGCCAAGCUUUAGCUUAUAUUCUAAAGUCAGAUGGCCUCACAUUUGUCACUAGAAUAUUUUGGUAUACAGAGUUCAUGGUUGGCUCAGUGACUGCAAGGUCCUCAGGUACUGUGGCUGCAAAACAAGCCCAAAUCAUCACCCCUCCACCACCGUGCUUGACAGCUGGUAUGAAAGAUUUAUGCUUAUAACAUGGUGCUGUGCAUUAUGGCCACUUUGGUCUUAUCUGUCCAAAGGACAUUGUUGCAGAACUCCUGUGGUUUGUUCAGAUGCAACUUUGCAAAGCUAAGUCAUGCUGCCAUAUUCUUUUUAGAAAGAAGAGCUGCUCACACUUGCUGAUGUUAGUCAGUUAAUCAAGUGCAUUGAUUAGCAUCACCUAGCUGCUACUUAAUUCCUAUGGAAGCAUUCAGGGUGUACUUAGUUUUUUGGAGGACCUGAGUCCUGUGAAAAGCUUUCAAUCAUAAAAGGAUAAAACCUCACUUUCUUCAAGAGAAAAUAGAUUUUAAUUCAGUAUUUCUCACCAAGAAGCAUUAUGUACAGGUCUGCUGAGUGCAUUUCCUGCUUCAUAACAUUCUGUGUUUGUAAUACCAGUUUAAAAAGUAAAAAAAAAAAAAAAAAAUAAAAAAAAAAAAAAAAUAAUAGCACUUCUGGACUUUCCAGUGUUUAAAUGUUCGGAAACAUUUAGCAGGACUUUUCCUGGCCAAGAAGUGGCGUUUGUGGGUUGACUCUACAUGUUAUAGUGUGAUCAGUCCACACACAGUAAAAGCAGGGAUUCUGGGUUAGCUUAUUUGACAGAAAUCUGCAUUUUCCUGGUAUUUUUGGACAUAUGAUGACCAAAGAGAGACUUCUUGAUAAAUAAAAGAUACAUGUACAACCCCCCCCCCUUUACUUCACUUCUUAUUAUUAUUUAAGAAAACUGUUCAUAUAUCUUUUCAUUGCACCCCAUUUUUAUAACAGUCUUUUUAUGGAGUUUAACUACGUUUGCUAAUAAAGAAGUUAAUAAAGAAAAAUAAUUACAUGAAAGUUGCACAGAGUACAAUCACAAAUUUUUAUUACAGUGUGAGAUCACAUGUCCAAAACAAUUUUAAUUUCAAGACAGGUGACCAGUAAAGCAAAGCAGACAAAGCUUUUGUCAUACAGAAGCAAAACUAGAGGAGAGUGUUUAACACCAGUUGACUCCCAAAUAAAGUUCAAAUAAUAAUUACUAACAAUCAUAUUUGUGACAAAAUUUAAAUAAUGCUCUCUUGGUCAGGAUUUACCAUGUGAAGCAUUUUUUUCCCCAGCUGAAUAUUCCAAUAAAAGCAAAUACAGACGAGCUCUCAGUGGAAACAGGCUUCACGUUAGGGCCACUGUUUAAUGCACUGCACACAUUUUGAAAUAAAAUAACCAGUUGAUAUGUUACUGUACCCUUCAGAUGCUAAUGUACAUGAGCACAGACAAUCAGCACAGAUAUCCACUUCUUCAGUGAUGAGAAACAAAUACUGUGAAGAGGCUAUAUUCAUUCAACAAUACUAAAACUUUUGCAGCUCCUGCAACAAGUGUCUCAGUUAUUCUAUAUGAAAUAAAACUUGGGUAAGGAGGAAUGAAAUCUGGCAGAAAUAAACUAAAAUAUUUAUUGACAUGCAGUGCUGCUUUAAGGUUUGUCCACUACCAAACUUUGAAAUAUUUAAUAUGUAUACGCCAUAAAUGUAUACUCUUUUUGUUCCAUCUUCCUCCCAUUACCCCAAGCGGUUGUGGCAGAUGACCGCCCCUCCCUGAGCCUGGUUCUGCAAGAGGUUUCUUCCUGUUAAAAGGGAGUUUUUCGUUCUCACUGUCACCAAGUGCUCGCUCAUAGGGCGUCAUGUGAUUGUUGGGGUUUUCUCUCUAAUACUAAAGUCUUUGCCUUGAAAUAUAAAGCACCUCAAGGCAAAUGUUUUGUUAUGUGUUUUGUUAAAAAACAAAACAAAACAAAACAAAACACCCAAAACAAAAACUGAACUGAAUUAAAAAACAAAACUAAAAACAAAGAACAAAAACAAAUCAAAAGGUUUGAUUGUAAUUUAUGACCAAUUGCCUAAUGUUUGAAAUGCCGUCCAACCACUGCUAAGAAUUUUUAUUGAGACUUUUUCCACUACAUUGAAGGAAAAAAGUAAUAAAAUCCCUCCAAGGAUUGAGAGUUUGUGGUAGUGGAUUCAAAACAUUAGGACCACCUGUAUCCAACAAAACCACGGUAACAAUAGGUGGAAGCUAAACCCAGCUAAACAAAGAAAAAUACCACUGUUGGUUGCUUUUGUGUAACUGAAAAACUGAAAUUCAUUUAAAAAAAAAAAAAAAAAAAAAAAA